CUGUGCUCGCAGGGCUGAGCUGCCACCACGGCUGCAGCGUCCACCCCGACAGCUGGCACGCAAAAUGGACCAGGAGACCCUGGGAAGCGUGGUCCUGCUCGCCAUCGUCACCCUGAUCAGCGUCGUCCAGAACGCUUUUUUUGCCAGCAAAGUGGAGCAUGAGAGUAAACACUGCAACGGCAAAGGGAUCCAGCGGCCAGGGUCCUCUGCUUUUGACCGCGUCUACACUGCCAACCAAAACUGUGGGCAUGCCUACCCUACGUUCCUCGCCGUGCUUUGGUGCGCUGGGCUCCUCUGCAGCCAAGCUCCUGCUGCUUUUGCUGGCCUGAUGUACUUGUUUGUGAGGCAGAAGUACUUCGUGGGCUACCUAGGGGAAAGAACGCAGAGCACUCCCGGCUACCUGUUUGGGAAACGCAUCAUUUUGUUCCUGUUCCUCAUGUCCGUGGCUGGGAUACUCAACUACUAUCUCAUCUACUUCUUUGGAAGUGACUUCGAAAUGCACAUCAAGACGAUAACCAGCGCCAUCUCGCCGCUGCUGCUCAUUCCCUAGCUCCCUGCAGGACGGAGGGGGGCAGCCUGCUUCACGUAUCGAUACCCAGAAGCAGCUAUAAUUCAGAUGUUUUAAAAAUGAACCUAUAACCCUUUCAGAUUGCUGUAAAUCUAAUGCUCAGUGGGCUUCGUAGUUUGAUUUAACCUUGCUUUUUCCUUCAGGAAAAAGAUUUAUUGUGAGCGCUCAGCAUGCCCAAGGAACGGUAACAACUUCCAGUUAAUUCUUCAGAGGUUUUUUUCUAUAAACUGAAGCUUGAAAGCUGACUGCAUGACUGUAAGGGGUAUUUUAUGCUUCCAUUGUAACCGUGCUGUCCUUAGCUCCUGUCAUGAAGAGUAGGAGCCUCUCAGCCUCACCCCUGAAGGAUUGUGCAGCCACAAACAUCUCCCACAUGCAUGCAGGUUUUCAGCAUCCUCCUGCACCCAGCUGCCCACACAAAUGCACAGGGCACCCUUUCCCUUGCAUUUGUUGGUGACUGAGAGCAGGAGGACAGCCAGCUGGCCCCUGUCUGGUCUUCUUUGGUCAAUACACGUGUGUGUAAUGCUCCCAGCACUGAUCCCAUCCACGCCUUGGCCUGGGCCUUCUCCCAGAGCUGUGUCUUGAGUCAAUGAGCACCAGGUAUAUUGCGAGGGGUGGGUUUGUUUAGCUUGGCUUAUUAAAGCAGCCUAAAAGGA